UAUUUAUAUUAAAUUUUAUAGCUAGAAAUAUUUACAUUCUGGCACAAAUAUCAUAACAAAUAAUUUUUAUUUAUAAAAUUUUUCAUGUAUAAGAAAAGCUCGAGUAACAAACCUACAUAAUGUCGGACAUGAUAAUAAAUGAUUCGGUGCCAGUAGAUAAGAAAUGGAAUGAACUAAUUAAAUACAAUAUAUUCAUAAUGAAAUUAGUCGAAUUUGUUAUUUCAGUGGCUCUAAUGGCAGUGCCGUUCAUGGUCUCCGGCACUACGACGUUUCACUGCCUGGCCGUGGCGCCGACUCUCGUCCUCUCCCUCCUGUUCAUCGUUCUCUACCUAGUGGACCAAGUGCACGAUUUAGCCGAACAGUCUUACUUGAUUGUCCAAAUAAUAUGCAACGUGUUUGCCGUAUUAAGUGGUCUGGUUUCUCAUAGCGCGACAUUAGCUUUGAUUGGACUGUUAAAUUGUCAUUUAAUAUUUAUACUGACAUUAGAUCUUUAUUGGAUCACUAGGGAGAGGGGGUUUGCUCUGGCCAAGCUAAAAUAAACUUUUCACAGGCUUAAUUGCUUUUAUUAUUCGACUACCGUGUGUAUUGUCCCUUACAACACAUUAACAACUUAUUUUAGAGGUUAUCAUUACUAUGGAAUUUUGCAUUAUUGAAUUCAAUAACUAAAAUUGAAUAGUGUAAUGUUACUUUUAGGUAUUGGCACUCGUUCUCAAUAUAAUACCAUUAUUGGUGGACUCACCAGGCGUCUUGCACUGCCUUGCGUCCGGGCCCACCCUUGUGCUGUCUGUAAUAUUCAUAAUCCUCUACCUCGUCGACCAAGUACCAUUUGAAGCUGAACUGUACUAUGCCAUCUUUCAAAUAGUUUUUAACACUAUGAGCCUUAUAGGUGUUCUUACAAUAAGAAAAUGGAUCUAUAGUAUUUAUGUAAUUUUCUAUGUAGACUUAAUUAUAAUUCUUGUGUGUGAUAUUUAUUAUAUGCAUCGAGAAAGAGGCUGGAAUUGGUAAUUAAAUUGCUUCUGUAAACUGUUGUAUUUUAUUUUGUAACAUAGAGACAUGGUAGGAUGUUAGCUGUUGAUAAAAUAAGUGACUGCUUCCCUCUCACUGAUAAGCAAGUGAGUGAUAAGACAUGUCUGCUAAUAAGUGUGAUAAACGUAAAAAGUGGUUGACAUUUGCUAUGUUAUUCAUCAUCAAACUUUGUUUAAAAAUAUACAAAAGACUGUGGCGAAUAACUUUGAACGAAAUAUUGUGUGCAUUAUUAUUGCUGUGCGUUUGUUUUAUAAUUUGGACUUUUAAGGAUCAUAGAAAAAGUAGUGAUUUUGGACAGUCAGAAUAUCCAGUGAUAUUGUGGUGGACUAAAGAAUUUCCUGGCACUUGGGAAACUAAACACUGUCCAGAAGAUAUAAAGUGUUCCAUUUAUAGUAACGGAACUGUCCCAGAUGGAAAUAAUGUUGAAGCAUAUUUGUUCUAUGGGAGUAACAUUGACUUCAACCAGUUACCCUUACCAAGGAAGCGUGACCAUAUUUGGGGUUUGUACCAUGAAGAAUCCCCAAGGAAUGUUGAGGAGUUACUACAUGAACAAAUACUAAGAUUGUUCAAUUACUCCUCAACUUUGAGUAGAUAUAGCGAUGUACCAUUUCCUUUACAACAUCUGGAAUCUAUUGAACAUGUAACUAAUGAUGAAUACUUUGUUACAACAUUUGAAAAGAACAUUUAUUUGAAUGAGAUAGCUCCUGUAAUGUAUUUACAGAGUGAUUGUGAGACAUCCACUGAGCGAGAUGCCUAUGUAAAGGAGCUAAUGAAAUACAUAGAAGUAGAUUCUUAUGGAAGUUGUCUAAACAACAAAAAAUUGCCUUCGAAGUUUGUUGACGAUUAUUUGAACCAUUUAAGUGAUGACGAAUUUUUAAAGUUCGUUUCGCGAUAUAAGUUUAUUAUAGCUAUAGAAAACGGAGUUUGCGAAGAUUAUGUGACUGAAAAGUUUUGGAGAGCAAUAAGAAUUGGUACAGUACCUAUUUAUUUUGGAUCUCCUUCAAUAAGGGACUGGUUACCCAACAAGAAAUCGGCAAUCUUACUGGAAGACUUUCCUACACCAAAGCUUUUGAGUGAACAUCUAAAAAAAUUAUUAGAAGAUGAUGUAUUGUAUGAGCAAUAUUUAGAACAUAAGAUUUAUCAAACAAUAUCAAAUGAACGGUUGAUAACUAACUUUAGAAUGAGACCCCAUCAACUAGACUCAUUGAAGACUAUUGAAGAGUUCGAAUGUUUUAUUUGCGACAAACUACACAAACGAAGAAAAGGUAUCUAUGAUAAAAGGAUGAUAGAUAAGAGACACUACAACUGUCCAAUGCCAUUGUCAGCUUUAACAUUGUCUGUUAACCCACAGAACGAUUGGGUUUUCUCUUGGGAGCUAGCGAAAAAGAGAGCAAAUGCAAUAUAUGAAAAAGUCACAAAUCAGAACUAAGAUAAAAUUAUUCAAAGUUGAAAUUAAGUUUUAAAACCAAUUGAGAUAGAGCAUCAGUAUUUUUUGGAAUAUAUUUUUAUACAUUUAUAAAAAUUGGUUUAAUUUCCUCAAAUCCUAAAUUAGGCUACAUAAAGGCGGUAUGAGUACAUUUUGUCAAGAGGGCGCUGUUAAUCACAAUGUGGUGAGUGGUGACAGACAGUUCAAGAAAAAUAGUUCUCUUAACUCUCCCUC